CCGGGGUGCCCCGAGCUGUCCCGUCUCUCCCAGUUUCUUCCCAGUGCAAGAUCCUGCGCUGCAACUCGGAGUACGUGGCUGCCACCCUCAACCUGCGCGGCUCCAGCAGGAACGCGGCGUACUGCACCGCCCUCCGCUCCUACUCCCACUGCACCCGCAAGACGGCUCGCACGUGCCGGGGCGACCUGGCCUACCACUCCGCCGUCCACGGCAUCGAGGACCUCAUGAUCCAGAACAACUGCUCCAAGGAGGGUCCCACAUCCCCACCCCGAGCCCGGCCCCCGGCCCCCAACCACCAGGGCUUCGAGUCUCUCGAUAUCUGCAACUACGAGAAGAGCUUUCUCUACAAGCACGGCCAGCCCCCCAGCUACCAGCACUGCGCGGCUUUCGGGGACCCCCAUAUCCGCACUUUCCACGAUGACUUCCACACUUGCCGAGUGGAGGGCUCCUGGCCUCUCUUGGACAAUGACUACUUGUUUGUGCAAGCAACCAGCUCUCCGGUGGCCAAGGGGUCCAACGCUACGGUCACCAGCAAGCUCACCAUCAUCUUCAAGAACAUGAAGGAAUGCAUCGACCAGAAGGUCUACCAGGCUGAGAUAGACAACCUCCCGGCAGCCUUCGAGGACGGCUCGGUGAACGGGGGCGAGAGGCCCGGCGGGAGCAGCUUGGCCAUCCGGGAGCUCAGCCCCGGGCGGCACGUGGAGAUCCGCGCGGAAUACAUCGGCACCACCAUCGCCGUGCGUCAGGCCGGCCGCCAGCUCUCCUUCUCCAUCCGGGCAGCCGAGGAGGUGGCGGGGGCCUUCACGGAGGAGCAAGACCUGCAGCUCUGCGUGGGCGGCUGUCCCCGCAGCCAGCGCAUCCCCCACGGCGAGUGCUGCCGCGGGCGCGAGGCGGCCGAGGCGGCUCGGGCGCUCUGCAAGGAGAUGCUGCCCGUGGAGGACGUCUACUUCCAGUCGUGCGUCUUCGACGUGGCGACCUCGGGGGAUGCCAACUUCACCAUGGCGGCUCACGGGGCUUUGGAGGACGCCAGGGUCUUCCUUCCCAACGCCGAGAAACUGCACAUCUUCCAGGCUGGGGCAGGCUGCCCGCGCGUCUCUUCUUCCCUCCUCCUCCUCCUCCUCCUCCUCACCUCUGGUCUUUGGGCUGUUUUGUUGCACUUUUAACUCCCGCUGGCACUGCAUGGGAUGCGUCCAGCCAGCCCAGGGGGGGUAACCUGAGAGCUGCUGACUCAAGACCCAUGCCGUGCAGAGCAGGAGAGCUUGCCUUACCGAGGAUCAAGUGUCUCUGCAGCGGUGAGGGAUCAGAGGCCCAGACCUGUGGGGAAGGGAGCGCUGGAGAGGAGAGACCCUCAGACGCCGCUUUGCACCCGCAGUUCGCGCACGCACGGCACCGAUCGGUUUCCUCUCCUGACGGCAGAUCACAAUUUUUUUCUGUUGGAUUCUCAUGCGUUUCUUUUUUUUUUUUUCUAAAGACAAGGACGUUGCAGCCGUAUCAAAGAAAAAGAAACACGUGGGGGGGAGACACGUUUCAAAAAAAAAAACCCUUUGCCCCUCAAAGCCUUUCCAUAAAUUCCCUUUUUACCUUUCUUCCAGCGUUACUACAGCAGACUUUUACUCAGGAACCUAACAGCUUCAGAAAUAACAAGCUCCAAGCCCAGAUCCCAAUUUUUAGCAGUCAAGAAAUGUUGCUUGGUGGCUUUGGGGCCCCUUGACCCCCCAGCUGCUACCGAAGCCACGCGAGAGCGAAGCAAGGCUGUAAGUUGGUUAUCAGAGUGUCGUGACCAAGGUCUGAGCUUUUUGAGCUAGAAAUCAACCAUUUCGCACUGCAUUCUCCUCUCUCUGGGUUAGUAACGUGCUGAUUUUCCAGCGUCGGGAGCUGCAGAGCAUCAGCUCUCUGACAUUUUCAGGCUACUGUUGUUAUUUUAUCUUGUUGACUUGGCACCUCUCUGGGACUCAGGAUAGCCAGUUCUGGACUUUGGACCAGCGUUGAGUUUCAGUGAGGAAAAAUACCCCUUGGUAUUCCUCUCCCUCAGGCUCAACUUUCCCUGUGGCUGUCACAGUCCCGUUCAAAUCCAACCCAGACUGCGGGUUUCACUGGCAAAAGAGAAUUAAUAAUGAAGACGCGGAGCUGGCAAAAAGCCGUGGGACUGUAUCGAUGAGGAGGGGAACUAUGAGCAGCUGUACAUAAAUACAGAGGUGAUGCCAAAUUAAACGUUUAAUAUAUUUAAGAGGUUUUAAGUAAAGCAGCUAGAGUUCUAUAUGCUAAGAAAUAUUUUCCUUAUGCAAAGAGUUUUGUUUUGUUCUUUUUAAUAAAGAGGGCUCACAUUAAAACUUUGUCGUUCCCGUCCCGUGGAGCUGUAGGAAAAGCCUUGCAAAGCCCUGUGGAGGCAGGGAAUGAAGCUGGCAAGACACGGGGGGAAAGAGAAGAGCAGAUCAUCCGGGUACGGAGGAUCUGUCGAGCUGUAAAGCGAGGUUUUACAGUUCACGUUUCAGUAUUUCUGCAGUUUCUUUGGUCAGGUUUGGUUGUUUUUUUUUUUUUUCCUGCUGGUUCUUCUGCCGAGGGCACAAAGAGUAAAUACAGAAGCAUUUCUUAGAUAUCUCAGCACAUUUCCUCCUCUGACAUGCACUCAAAGCACACGGUGACUAGAGGGAGAGUUUCUCUGUUUCUUGCAGGGUGCUUUUGCUAAUCCCUGGAGGUUUUGACAUUAAAGGUGUCUA